CUUUACAGUGUUUCCGGAACCAGUGUAUGAAGGACAUCCUCUCAAUUUGAAGAAGAGGUCGACUUAGAGCCGAACCAUGGCGGGACACGACGCAGGAAAUCAGUACCAGUUUACUGGUUUUGCAAAAUACUUCAAUUCGUACACACUUCAAGGGAGGAAGAAUUGUGUGCUGGCCACUUACGCUGGAAUUGCUACACUCUUCUUGUUCUUUAAACUGAAGCCUAAAAAACAGAAGCAAAUUGCAGAAAAGUAAUUAUCGGUUUUUCCUGUCUACUCUGUUCUAUAGAGUGAAGUGAUUGGAUGUUUAUGGGUGAUCUCUACAAUUGCUAAUAAACAAGAACAAAUGA